ACCUUAAGGUUGCUCAAUUCAAUUGGUUUAUGAAGUUGCACUUCGGAAAUUGGCCCGUUAUUUACAUUAAUUUCAAGGAUCUGGAUUAUGAGUCUUGGGAAUCAAUGCUGUGUUCCAUCAAGGACAAAAUAUCGGAACUUUAUAAAGAACAUCGUUAUAUUAUUAAUGAUAAGAAGCUUUAUUCAGAUGAUGAAUCUUUAUUUAUAAAUACUCUUGACAGAACAAUUGGCGAGUCAUAUUUAAUAAACGCUAUCUCCCGUCUAACACGCUAUCUUCAUGAAUACUUUGGCAAAAAAACCAUUAUUCUCAUUGAUGAAUACGACUGGCCGAUGGAACACGCAAGAAACUUUUACGACAGAGCUA